CUUUUAUCCAGAUUUAUCUUUCGAAAUUACAAUGAUGUGUUCAAGUUUCCUGUUGGUAUUAGAAGACUGAGUAACGUUUUGUAAAUAAAGGAUAAUCAUGACCGUAUAACAAUUAAUUUUGAUUGAUAAGAAAUGACAGAAUAACAGAGAGAGAUAACAGAUGGUCUAACCGAGCCUCAUGCAUGUGAAAGUCAUUACAUUGAUUACACGAUUAGAUAAUAACAAUGGAAAAUAUCAUCAGAGCAUCAGAUUUCUAGUUCAUGUAUAAAUUUGCAUUCAUUGUUCACACUUGUUCUAUUGAUCUAGACGUGCAUGUAAAAAAUGCGCGUUGUCCUGUCAAUGAAUGAAAUACCUUUACAACAGAAAACCCAGGUAGAAAAUGUAAAACAUUCAAUAUCAAUUAAACAAAUAAUAAAAAUUGUAACAACUCCGUUUAAAUUGUGUACAUCCGUUAUCAAAAUUGCCCAAAUAGAUAUCAAUCUUCAAUUAUACAAUUCUCCGUUUUUCAUUUUAAAAUUGUAUGUUAAUAGUUAUUAAACGAACACAUAAACAACCGACCCUUAUUAAUCGUGCCAAAUCUCGCAAAAGUCUGUCGUACUAAUUAUGCACUCAAUACAGUGUCGAGGAUGUUUAAUUUCUCAUUUCUCUUUUCAAAAUGUCAAUAUGAUUAUAUCAUCUGUAUAUGAUCAUAUUAUAUUGCUUUAAAGUUUGUAAUUCAAUGCAAAUGAUUAAUUUAUCUAAGUACUUAAUUAACAUCCAUUGCAACAAUACACAACAAAUUGACCAAUAAAUCAUCAGAUACAUCAACAUGUACUUGUUAUCAGUGUGGUAAAUAAGGUUUCACCCUGUCCCGAGGUGUACGUUGUUAAACAAAUGUCCAAUCAUUUCUUUAUUACAAAGGUUACCCCCUACACUUGAUUAAUAAACAAACAAAGGAACGUGCCAUGUUGUUCUUUGUGGAAUGUCUUAACAUCUUAUAUAAGUGUUGAUAACAGUGGUAUUGGUGAUCGGCCUGUGAAGUAACAUUACACCCUGCAGAUAAUUAUAACCUCCAUCGCUCCAUUGUUAUUAAAACUCAACUAUAAAGUCAGUUUCACCGUGCAUCAUUUUCUGCAUUAAUGGUUAAUUACUGAAGCAAGGUGUUCUGUAUUUUCUAUGAAUACCUGUUAAAAAAGUUUAAUGUAUUUGUCAGAUCUCAUUCCGAUAUUCCCCAUAUGGCAGCAACAAAUGGCUGCUGAUGAGAGCUGACGCAUGCGCUAUUUGUAUCUGAUCUUCAUCAAUGUAAAUGUUGGCAGAUGAAGUGCUCUAUUUUUAAAGUGGGACAAACAAAGUUUCUUAUAAACAUUGUAAUUAGUAUUUAUAAACAAUGUUAAUUAUGGGAGAUAAUACGUAAUGAAUUUACAAAAUGAGGGAUUUAUUACACUUUUCUAGUGGAUUAAUACUUUUCUAUGUGUUUUCUGUGGAUUAUUUAGCCAGCGGGGAAUUCGACUUGUCCCGCUUGUCAGAAGUAUGUUUGGAUGGAACGUUUGGAUAUAAAUGUAGCUACCGAUGUCGAUGUUACAGGGACCAAGUAUGCAACAAAGAGACGGGGGUAUGCCCUAGAGGAAGAUGUGCGGAGGGAUUUUGGGGACCACGAUGUCAGCUUUCAAACAACUGCUUUUAUAAUGGACAAGCCAAAAAUUAUAUGGGAACAAAAGCAGUGACCGACAAUUUAUACACCUGUCAGAGAUGGGAAACCCAGGAACCCCAUCGUCAUUCAUAUACAGUGACGGAUUUUCCGGAUCCGACGAUGCCGGAAAACUACUGCCGAACUACUCAGGAUUCUGCUCGACCCUGGUGUUACACGACGAACAAAGACCAGAGAUGGGAACAUUGUAAUAUAAAUAAUUGCAACUGUCCAGCUGGACGGUUUGGGAACAACUGUGAACAUGAAUGUCAUUGUGCAGAUCAAAGCGAGGCUUGUGAUAGUAUCCUUGGAAUGUGCUCCAGCGGCUGUGCUCAAGGAUGGGAUGGUUUUAACUGUCAGAAACCGGUCGCUUGCCCAGAAAACAGAUAUGGUUGGGAUUGUUCUAAUCAGUGUUACUGUCAAAAUCCGCUUCAUUGUCAUCGUUUCUAUGGACCAACAGACCAAUGCAAAUGUAUCAACGGAUAUUUCAAUCCACCUUUUUGUCAACCAGUAACUGUACCCAAAAUCAUGUUCUUCGACAACGUGAAAGUAAACCCUGGACAAUCUACAACAUUUAAUUGUACUGUAUCAGCCUUUCCUGUGCCAGCAGAAAGUGAGAUAAGACUUAUGGGUCCAGCUGGACGUCGAAUAGCCAUGAUAGAAUCCACGGAGUUAGGAACUGACACAAGGAUAAACCUGUUUCAAGUUGAUUUUGUAAAUAAAGAUGAUACUUUUACGUGUGUAGUCCGUUCAGUCUCAGGACAAGCAUCGCGUACUGUAGCAACAAACGUUUAUGAAUUACCUUUGCUGAAGAAUGCUCCAAAUGUGUCUGUGAAAGGUCCAGGAAUUUCAUCUGUUAUUAUUGAAUGGCCGCCGUGGAGUAGAUCACGUGGCGAUGUAGGUGAUCCCCCUAUUCUGUGGUAUGACGUUUGGAUGAACAAGGUUGGAAGAUCACCUGAGAAGUUUGGGAUAGUUACACAUAUGAACUGUCGUGGGAUGUGUCGUUAUACGUUAAAUGAUCUUGAUCCUAACACAGAAUAUGCUAUAAGAGUUUCUGUCAGGAGAGAUGGAGAUGGUGGAGACGGACCUCUCGGUGCUAUUCUGUACACUAAAACUAAAUGCUCAGCACCAAACUCGCCACCAAUCAUCGAUGAGUUGACUUCUGAUUUGGAGUACAAUGCAUCUUAUCCUCAAACUCAAAUCAUUGUGUUAUGGAAGGACGCUGCAAAGUCCACAUGGAAUUGUGAUAAUAUAGCUAAAUACCAAGUGUUUAUCACCAGUAGUUGGAAAGGAUUUCAACCACAGGCUGUCCAUGUCUCAGGAGAUACACCGGCUGAUGCUAAAAACAGAAAAAGUGUUUUGGUUUCAGACCUUAAUCCUGGAACAGAAUAUUGUGUCAGAAUGAGUUUUAGUAAUGACCGAGCGUUCGUCAGUCCAAAAUCGGAGAGGAAAUGUGCAAAAACCCCAAAGACAACACCCCUACAGCCACGGAAUUUAAGGAAGGUGAAAAGUAGUAGUACCACUAUUACAGUUGCAUGGGAACAACCAUACUCUCCAUACUCUGUGGUGGUCAAUACCUAUCACUUAGCAUAUUGGAAGGCUACCAAUCAGUUGUCAACCAAAACUGGAAUGGAAGUUGUUUCUAACAAUCCGAACGUGGAGCAUAGCAUUACUGACCUAGAACCAAAUACUAAAUAUAAUAUAGAGGUACAAGCCACCAACUCUGCAGGUUUAGGAGAUCCGUCCUUUUUUGUCGGAUUUACAGACGAAAACUUGCCGUCGAAAAUUGCAUUAUUUCGUAACACUUCAAGGUCAGAUACUUCUAUAACAUUGGAAUGGGAGCAUCCAAGAAUUACGAAUGGCAAGCUGCUUUAUUAUCUUGUUCGUUGUAAAGCUGAAGCGACAUUGUCUUUUAUGGACAUGCAUAUCAAAGAAGCACAUGUUCCAAUGGAUAAACAGUCUCAUCUAUUCAACGAUCUUCACCCUGCUACAAAGUACCUAUGUUCUAUCAGUGCAAGUAGUCGUGCAGGUAUUGGAACUGCAACAAACAUAGUUGUCUGGACACAGUCAUCAGAAUUAAAAGAGCCACCGGUUCCUAGUAUUGUUGAUAGGACAGAUACAACUAUUACAAUAAAGAUAGGACAAGUUUUGGACCCGACUGUGAGUUUUUACAGAGUAAUAGUCGAGGAGACAAAGAGAAUUGCCAAGAGGGAAGUUCCAGAGAUGAUAAAGGACGUUCGUCUUGACUUUUCAACAGCAGUUGCUUUGGGUUCUAGGGCCUAUGUAACAGCACAGUUGAAUAAACAACAACCACAUGUGAUUGGCAAUUUUGUAGUUGGGGACAACCAAACAUACAAUGGUUUCUAUAAUGCACCUCUGUCACCAUCUAAACAGUAUGAUGUUUGGUAUGGAGCAUUUGCUAUGGUAGAUGGAAUUCUUCGACAAUCAAUUGUAAAAGCAGAAAAACAAGUAGUUGCAGCUAGUAUUGAACCAGCACCAGAAGCGAACCAUGUUCCAGUUAUUGUUGCAGUCUUGGUCGUUUUUAUCCUUCUCAUCCUAGUCUUUGCACUUCUUCUAUUUUUAUGGAGGAAGAGACAUAUGGCAGCAGAGAGAGAGAAGGCAGAGAUGCCGAACUUUGGACCAACUAUAAUUCCUGAACCUGAUACAUCAACACCAUCCACACCUGUUGAUGAUGUUGAGUUAGAACCAUUAAUUGAACCAUGCACCACAAAAAAUGAAGCAGAAACUGAACCUGUUUAUGGUAAUGUAGGUGCUUGUGUAAUACCGUCAGUUAGAGUAGAAGAUCUAUGGGAUUAUGUUAAACAGAAGAAGGAAAAUGAUGUGGAAGGAUUUCGUACUGAAUACAGGCUUAUUCCGGCUGGUCUAACAGCGUGCUGUGAAGUAGCACAGAAGUCGGAAAACAAAAUAAAAAAUCGUUACGGGAACAUUAUCGCUUAUGACCACAGUCGAGUUAUACUGACACCUGUUGCUGAUGAUGUGAACGAUGAUUAUACAAAUGCAAAUUAUAUUGAUGGAUACAAAAGAGAGAAAGCUUACAUUGCAGCUCAAGGUCCUACCAAACCGACAAUAGAUGAUAUAUGGAGAAUGGUCUGGCAAGAGGACUCUAAAACAAUCAUAAUGCUCACGAAUCCAACAGAAACUGGAAAGAAAAAAUGUGAACAGUAUUGGCCCAUUGAAGGGAAACAGGAGUAUGCAGGUCUAAUUGUUGAGUUUUUAGAAUGUCAAUAUUUACCAGACUUUUCCAUCAGAACAUUCCGCAUUUCUAAGGACGAUAAAACGACGGUAGUCAAACAGUUCCAUUAUACGACAUGGCCAGAUCACGGUGUACCUAGAUUUGGAAAUUCGUUACUUUUAUUCCGGCAAAAAAUAAGAUUACAUGACAACUUGGACAAUGGACCACCAAUAAUUCAUUGCAGUGCCGGUGUGGGUAGAACUGGUACUUAUAUUGCAAUUGAUGUUAAUCUAGACCAGGCUAAAAAUGAAGGAAUUGUUGAUGUCCAUAACUUUGUUCAAUUAAUGCGAACACAGAGGGUUAAUAUGGUCCAAACAUUAGAACAAUAUCUAUUUGUAUAUGACGUGUUACUAGAAGCAUUGAUAUGUGGUGAUACAACAGUCCCAGUACAAAAAUAUCUAGACACACUGUCCGAUCUACUUCAGUAUGACGAGUCUAUCAGUAAAACAAAAAUGGAUGAACAGUUUGAGGUUUUAAGAUUAUUAUCAGCAACCAUAGAAAAAGAUGAUACCACUUCAGCUUUACAUCCUGAAAAUAUUUUCAAAAACAGAUCGACGGAAAUAAUUCCAGCAAACAGAUGCCGACCUUAUCUUACUACACAAGUCGAAGAUCACAACGAUUAUAUUAACGCAGUGUUUCUUAAUGGCUACGCAAGAAAGGAUGCUUUCGUUAUUACGCAGAUGCCUUUACCUAACACAAUAGUAGACUUCUGGAGGCUAAUAAUCGACCACAAUUCUUAUUGCAUUGUAAUGCUAAAUGAAAUUGACAAAACAGAUAAGACAUGUGAACAAUAUUGGACAUUAGAAACUUGUGGUGAGAGUUACGGACCUUUUAUUGUCGAAACAACAGCCGAAAUCAAAUCUGAUCCCAGCGUCACAGUCCGAGACUUUACGAUUACAAAUACAUUGAAUCCUCAGGAGGUUCCACGUGUGGUUCGACAAUUCCAUUUUCACAGAUGGCCUGAAGGUGCUAAUGUACCUAACUCAAAAGCUGCAUUGCUGGAACUAUUAGAUAUGGUAGAAAAUUGGCAAAAGCAAAGUGGAAAUAAGCCAGUCACGGUUCACUGCAUGAAUGGUGUCCUUCGUAGUGGAUUAUUUGUAGCAGCAAAUUAUGUAUUAGAACGUAUUAAGGCAGACAAAGAAGUAGAUGUCUUCCAGGCUGUGAAACAAAUGAGAUUAAAUCGUCCACAGCUGAUUGAUACUCUGGAGCAAUUUAAGUUCUGCCACGAAAUUGCAUUUGAGUACCUAAACAAUCAACACACGUUUUCUACAUUUUCAUGAUAAUAAUGAAAAUACACAAUGACUAUGUUGUUGGAAGGAUAACCAAUCCAUGACGUCAGUCUGAUAUUUGAAUCGUGCCAAAUAUAAAAUGAAGGAGAGUGAAGAAUUGGUGCUACCAAAGACUUUCAUUAUAAACUGUAAAACAUCAGAUCAUAUCACUGUAGAAAACCAUUGUUAUAGAAAAUACCUCAAACAGCUGAGCUAUAGAGAGGGAUAAGAUGCAUAAAAGCUAUGUCAUUUUGUACUUAUUGAGAAGGUUUAUAUGAACGAGUAGACACUUUUAAAGUGUAAAGAAUAUUGAAUGUUGUAAAAGAUAAUCAAAACUGUUCUUCCGAAUUGUUCCAGUUCAAAAUAUACUAUCAUGUUGAAGACAGAAUUCCAUUUACUGCUGUGAAAUUAUUUAUAAGGUGAUAUUAAACUAUUAAAACCAAAUUGUAUUUUCACACUGGCCUCUUUUCGGUGUAGCAAUUUUCUCUCAUUUGUUUUAGAGCUGUUUCAUUUGAACUUAAGUAAAGCAGACAUUGUAUGUUGUAAUGGUAUACGAGUUAAGAACUUCCUGUAUUGAAUAACUUGCUUUAUAUAACUAGGGUAUUAACCAUCUUAUCUCUCUUUGCUAGUCUGUGAUAGUUCAUUAUUACAUAAUAUUUAUAUGUUGAUAAAAUGAGAGUGAAUGAGGGCUUUAUUUGAUCAAAUCUAUUAUAUUGAAGCUUUAGAAUGAGAGUGGAGAAUAAUCAUGUCUGAUACAAGAAGAAUAUGAAAGAUGAAAGCGAUGGCAAAUAUAGAAUAAUGUUACAUUUAUUUAAAAGUAUUUUAUGCUCUUAUACCAUAAAUGGCUAGGCAUUUUUCAUCUUUGACAAAUAAUGGAUACACUUUUCUAAAUACACAUGUACAGACAUUAUUAGUGUUUCAACAUAUCAUUGUAUAAAGUAACUAUCACAAUAAUACGGUUAAGUUAUAUUGUAUGAAAACAUUUUUGUUUUAGACGUCCAUACCCUUUGCUCAUAUGUACAUGACAUUACAUUUUAUUGACGUCAGAUCUUGUGAGAAUCCUAUAUAGUAUAAGCUAUACGUUACAGGCUGAAUAUACUAAUGGUUAAUUAUCGAAAUAAGAUUUGAUACCAUUUUACAGAAGUCAUUUUAUUUCAUGCAAUAUUCAUGACAGGAAUACUAAUAAUUAAGUUUUACUGGACAUUUUGUCAGCAUUUAUAUACAGCUUUUAACGUUAGAUGAAAUCUUAAAUGAAGCUUUAUAGAUCAUAUUGUUAUAAAUAAAUGUGAUUUUAUAAAAAAAAAUUGUUUCUUUUAUAUCGCUUGCUAUGAUAGUAUACAAUAUACAAAUUUUACAGGCA